AUGAAAGUGGUCAUAACAGGAGCUGCUGGCUUUUUGGGUUCGCGUUUAGCUGAUGCUUUGCUAAAACCAAAUUCCGAACUGUGUGUGACUGAAUUGGUGUUAGUGGAUACGAUCUUACCACCCUCUCGAAAAGAUCCACGAGUAAUAACACUCGCCCUCGAUAUCACAACACCAGAGGCUCCGCGUAAACUCGUUGAUACUGAUACCGAUUUACUGUUUCAUUUGGCUGCAGUCGUAAGUGGACAUGCUGAAGAAGACUUCGAUCUUGGAAUGAAAGUGAAUUUCAACGCAACGAGAUCAUUGCUGGAGGCAGCGAGACAUCGAGCUACGAAGCUUCGUUUUGUUUUUACCAGUACUGUUGGGGUGUUCGGAGGUGACCUGCCCCCUAUUAUAACUGAUCAAACUGCCGCAACACCUCAGAACUCUUACGGCAUUGCUAAGGCUAUGAGCGAGCUACUUAUCAAUGAUUACUCUAGACGAGGUUUCGUUGAUGGGAGAGUUGUUCGUCUUCCAACAGUUAGUAUUCGCGCCGGAACUGCCAACAGAGCCGUGACAUCUUUUGCAAGCGGAAUUAUCAGGGAGCCAUUGAAUGGUGAAGUAGCUAUCUGCCCCGUUCCACCUGAUCAAGAGUUAUGGCUUUCAAGUCCUGGAUCUGUUGUGUUUAAUUUAAUACACGCUGCUACUUUACUUAGCUCCGAAUUAGAGAAAUGGAGAGUGAUAAAUCUACCUGGAAUCAGUGUCACAGUUCGUAAAAUGAUUUCCUCGUUGUGUGAAGUUUCUGGAAGCAAGGUUGCUAAGCUGGUACGCUAUGAACACGAUGAGACUAUAAGUGCAAUGGUCGGCAGUUUCCCAAGCAGGUUCGACAACUCACGAGCAUUGAGGCUUGGAUUUCGAGUGGAUUCUAAUUUUACGGAUGUGAUACGGUCCUAUAUAUUGGAAGAUCUAAAACAGGUUAGCUUCGGUUUUUGAGAUUUAAUUUAUAUUGAUAUCAUAACUGUAUCGAUUCUUGAAAAAAAUGUACAUCGAUCC